UGCGUGAGUCGCUGUUUCUACAACAUCCGGUGAAGCGGUGUGUUAUUGGUCAGGUUCAGAGCUGUCGAUAUACUCUGAGUAUAGUAUGUCGGUCAGUUAUGUAAACAGUGUUUAAAAGAUGACAGUUUCAAGGUUACCACCUGCAGCGCUCUCUUUAAAACAGUUUUUACACAGACAGAGGGUUUUGGGGAUCUACAGAACCAUGUUGAGGACCAUCCGACAGGUACCAGACGAGGCGGACAGGAAGUAUCUGAAAGACUGGGCCAGAGAAGAGUUCAGGAGAAAUAAGGAUGCUACAAAUCAGGACGCCAUCCGCAUGAUGAUCACACAGGCCCGCAACCAUCUGGAGACGCUGCAGAAAACGCUGGCGUUGGCCAGAAGCUGACGGCUGGGAGUCGUUCUGACCUGCUGGAUGUGGACUGCUUGAGUUCUGCGAGGACGGGGACGACCCUGAAGAUUGGAAACCCGUCAGAGAUGGGUCGGGUCUCUGGACUCGUCAGGUCUCUACACUAAGUCGGGUCUCUGGACUUGGUCGGGUCACUGGACUUGGUCGGGUCUCUGGACUCGGGGAGGACAGACAGCAGAGACCUGAAGGCAUCGCAGUGACGUGUCUGUUCGUCCUGCUGUACAUAGAAAUAAAGAAUGAAACCACACACACACACACCUUGUAUCUUCGUUUUUAAUACAAAAUAUGUUGUCUGGCAUCAUCAUCAUCAUCACAGUGCAUAAUUCAUGUCGGUGAAAAAG